GAUCGAUCGAUCGAACAUUUAUCCUCUCCGAUCUUAACCAAAGCGAAUUAGAAACGAUGACUAUUAACUCGGCAGGAAGUUACCUUAAAAUUUCAUCAGCUUUGUUGGUCAUCGCCAUCUCCAUUCUGUGCGGAGUUAUUCCUACUUCUGCAGCAACUUCACCCGAGCCAUUCAAUGUGGACAAUUACGGAGCGAGAGGCGAUGGAGGAGAUGAUUCCGAGGCAUUCAUGAAAGCUUGGGAGGAUGCCUGUUCUACUGAAGGCGGAGUGCUUCUCGUUCCGAAGAACCGAACCUAUCACCUUAAGCCGAUCACAUUCUCGGGCCCUUGUAAAUCUGGGAUGAAAAUGCAGAUCUAUGGGACGAUCAAGGCAUCGGUUCACCUGUCGGACUACGAAGAGGGCGAGAGACACUGGAUCAUGUUCGAGAAACUGAACGACUUUACAGUAGAAGGCCGUGGAAGAAUAAACGGCAAUGGAAGGAAAUGGUGGCAAAGAUCAUGCAAAGUCAACAAAACCAUGCCAUGCAAGGCAGCACCAACGGCCGUGACAUUUUACAAUUGUAACAACUUGAGAGUAGCUGACGUGAUCAUCCAAAACGCACAACAGAUGCAUCUCACGUUCCAAAAGUGCAAGCAUGUGAAGGCGCUAAAUCUGCUGGUGCAUGCCCCAGAGAAGAGCCCGAACACUGACGGGAUCCAUGUCACAGAUACAGAGAAUAUUCUGAUCGAGAACUGCGUCAUUAGGACAGGAGAUGACUGCAUCUCAAUCGUUAAUGGGUCUAAGAACGUGUACGCAACGGAUAUAGUUUGCGGACCUGGCCACGGCAUCAGUAUUGGAAGCCUGGGAGCCGACAAUUCGGCGGAUUAUGUGUCGAAUGUGUUGGUGAACAGAGCAAGACUUUCGGGAACCACUAAUGGACUCCGUAUAAAGACUUGGCAGGGUGGAUCUGGUUAUGCCAAGAACAUAAUAUUCCAGAACAUUUUAAUGCGCAAUGUGAGCAAUCCCAUAAUCAUAGACCAGAAUUACUGUGACCAAGAGGAGCCAUGCGAAGAGCAGGCAUCAGCAGUGCAAGUGAGCAAUGUAGUGUACAAGAACAUCCGAGGGACAAGCGCCUCAGAAGUGGCUGUAAAGUUGGAUUGCAGCGAGACACAGCCCUGCAAAGGGAUUCAGAUGCGGGAUAUUGGCUUCUCCCUCGUAUCGGGCCGUGGGAGUGCCAAGUCUUUUGUUGCCAAUGCUAAGUUCGCUGUAAACACGAACGUUAUUCUCAAUUAGUCAAUAAGCAGUCGGCAGGAUAUACGUAUGCUUGCAUUCUUCGAUUGCACGGGAUGUCUUAAUUACUCAUUUACCAACUUAAUUAGUUUAGAAUAUCGCAUCCCGGUAGCUAGAAGCCGAGGAGCCAUUUCUUCAUCUGUUGUUGAUUUCCUUGUAGGACCUUCUUUUAAAAUUAUUAUUGUUAUUAGUGAGAUGGGGAAAUUUGUAUUUAGAGUAAUUUAAAUUGAAAAGCUGGUAGCA